ACCGACGAACCCUCCGGUUUCUGCGUGCCGUGCCACGUUAGUAGCGGUAGACACAAAUAUCACCAGCUACUCUCCCGACCGUGAGAGACAUCGCAGACGACACGCCGUCGAACUGAGACCCGUUUCUUGCACGAAAACCACCCGCGCACGCAGCCCCCUCCUCUUCUCGCCGCCGGUGUCAGGAAGAAGAAGAAAAAGAAGACAAACUCUCCACAGCCACCAUGUUGAAGUUUCUGCUCGUCUGUACUCUGGCUGUGGCCAGCAGCAGCGCUGAGAUCGCCGAGGAAGAAGAUGUCCUGGUGCUGAAGUCGGAGAACUUCGACGAGGCUAUCGGGGCUCACAAAUACCUCCUGGUUGAAUUCUAUGCCCCAUGGUGCGGCCACUGCAAGGCCCUGGCCCCAGAGUAUGCCAAGGCAGCCGGCACCCUGAAGUCCGAUGGCUCGCUGAUUCGCCUCGCUAAAGUGGACGCCACAGAAGAGGGCAAACUCGCAGAAAAGUUUGGUGUGCAGGGAUACCCCACCAUCAAGUUCUUCAAGGAUGGAAAGCCCAAAGAUUAUGCUGGUGGCAGGACGGCCUCAGAGAUCGUCAGCUGGCUGAAGAAACGCACCGGCCCGCCCUUCACCACCUUGUCUGAUGUCGCUGAGGCCGAGGCUCUGCUCGAAAAAGAAGUGGUCGUCAUCGGGUUCUUCAAGGACCCCUCUUCUGACGAUGCCAAGACGUUCGUAGAAGUAGCCGAUGCCACCGACGACAUCAUCUUUGGCAUGACCUCCGACGACGCCGUCUUCUCAAAGUACGAGGUGUCCGCGGACAGCGUUGUCCUCUUCAAGAAGUUCGAUGAGGGGCGCAACACCUUUGAUGGAAAGCUGACCACAGAAAACCUUGUGGCUUUUGUCAAAGCCAACCAGCUGCCUCUGGUCACCGAGUUCACAGAUCAGACCGCCCCCAAAAUCUUUGGAGGAGACAUCAAGUCCCACAUCCUCAUGUUUCUGCCCAAGUCUGGGUCAGACUUCGACGACAAAAUUGCCGAGUUUAAGAAAGCCGCAGCCGGAUUCAAAGGCAAGAUCCUGUUCAUCUUCAUCAACAGCGACGUGGAAGACAACCAGCGCAUCCUGGAGUUCUUUGGCCUGAAGAAGGAGGACUGCCCAGCCAUCCGCCUCAUCACCCUCGAGGACGAGAUGACCAAGUACAAGCCAGAGAGCGGAGUCAUCACAGCAGAGAGCAUCACUGAUUUCUGCACUCGCUUUCUUGAUGGCAAGGUCAAGCCUCACCUCAUGAGCGAGGAAAUCCCUGAAGACUGGGACAAAAACCCAGUUAAAGUGUUGGUGAGCAAGAACUUUGAAGAGGUCGCUUUCAAUCCCACCAAGAACGUCUUUGUGGAAUUCUAUGCACCUUGGUGUGGACACUGCAAACAGCUGACUCCCAUCUGGGACAAGCUGGGAGAGAAGUACAAGGACCAUGAGAGCAUCAUUGUGGCAAAGAUGGACUCCACAGCCAAUGAGCUCGAAGCAGUCAAAGUCCAGAGCUUUCCUACUCUCAAAUUCUUCCCCGCCGGACCUGAACGCAAGGUGGUUGACUACAACGGCGAGAGAAUGCUCGACGACUUCGUCCGAUUUCUGGAGAGUGGUGGCAAGGACGGCGGCGCUGCUCCAGCAGACGACGACGACGACGAUCUGGAUCCAGAGGACUUUGAUCUAGAGGGACAGGACGAGGAGUCCGAUGGCGAGGACGGAGGCGACGACGACGGACACGACGAGUUGUAGGAGCUGCCAGAGGAGAGAGGGAGAGAGGAGUCGAGUCCCGCCCCCCAACCCUUCAAACUAGUCACCAUCACUACCUUCACUUCCUUGUGGACCUUCCCUGUCCUGUGAACAUUAAUACUUCCCCUUUAACUGCCUCUCAGUCACUCAGAGAGGACUCUGUGGAACAGCACACCACCACCACCACCUCUGUGAAAGACUCCAAAGCCUUCUCUAUGAAGUCGGAUGUUUGCCUUCAAUGUUUAGAAGAGAAAAAAAAAGAAGAAAAAAACAGGCAUUGAUCGAGUUUUCAAAACGUUUUCCUUGAUAAAUUUUCUCCCCUUUCCUAAAAACAGCAAAAAUCAUGUCACCAUUGUUCAGUGUGGGUCUGAGAUAAAA